GCCACAGCCACUAAUCUCCUUCCUGCCCCUCCGCUGCUCCCCGCCACUCGCUCCCCUCCGUCGCGAUGGCCGGCGUCGCUAACCCAUCCAUCCUCUCCCCACCCACCGUUCUCUCCUCCCAAAAGCCCACCGCUUCUCGCUGCCUCCCUUCUCUCCGCCCCUUCUCCUCCUCCGCUUACCCUUCUUUGGCUCUCCUCAAUCUUCAUCUUCAUCCCCUUGCAAAACCCUGCCUCCCUAUCAUCCCCAGAAAACUCGAUGCUCCCAUCAUCCGCCCUGAGGCGUCAGACGUAGCUGCCGCGGAGGCUUAUCUCGCCGCAGAUGAAGCCGCCAGCGACUCGGCCGUCGCCACGGCAUCUCCGCAACCCAAGAUCAAAACGGGGAAGGCCGCGUUGCCACUCAAGAGGGACAGGACGAGGUCGAAGCGGUUCUUGGAGAUACAGAAACUGAGGGAGAACAAAAAGGAGUAUGAUGUGCCUACGGCGAUCUCGCUUCUUAAAGGAACGGCAAACACGAAAUUCGUGGAGUCGGCGGAGGCCCAUUUCCGCCUCAACAUCGAUCCCAAGUACAACGACCAGCAGCUGAGGGCCACGGUGAAUUUGCCAAAGGGUACUGGGCAGACUAUUAAAGUGGCUGUGCUAUCGCAAGGUGAAAGAAUUGAUGAAGCAAAAAAUGCAGGAGCUGAUAUAGUUGGUGGGGAAGAACUAAUAGAACAAAUAAAAGGCGGAUUUAUGGAUUUUGAUAAGUUAAUUGCUUCUCCAGAUAUGAUGCCCAAGGUUGCUAGUUUGGGGAAACUUUUAGGACCACGUGGACUUAUGCCUAACCCAAAAGCUGGUACAGUUACCACAGAUAUAUCUCAGGCUAUUCAAGAGUUUAAAAAAGGUAAAGUUGAAUACCGAGUGGAUAAGACUGGGAUUGUGCACUUGGCUUUUGGGCAGGUCAAUUUUACUGAUGAAGACCUGAUCAUCAAUCUGAUGGCUGCAGUUAGAUCAGUAGAAACAAACAAGCCUUCUGGUGCCAAAGGAGUAUACUGGAAAAGUGCACAUAUCUGUUCAUCAAUGGGACCUUCAGUUCGGUUAAACAUCAGAGAAAUGCUUGACUACAAACCCCCUGAGGUAUAGCAGCUUCAAAGAAUCUGAAGUAAUUUUCUGGAGUAGUCUACUGAUGACAUUGUGCUACUGCGUAAAGAAACACUGAAAAGCACGACGGAAAAGGAUCAGUAACAAUAGGGGGAGCCUCACGCAUUGGAUUCUCUCUUCAACAUCAUGGUGCAUAUUGUUAACCUCAUGAAGAAGUGAUUCUUGUAUUUAUACUCCUUGAGUGCUGAUUAUUUAGUUGGCACAAAAGUAUAGCAUGCAUCUUUUACUUUGUGGUCAUCGUCGUGGUGCAGGCUGCUGAACCAUUGGGUUCAGUAGAGCUCUGUUCCAUUUUGCAUAUCUUGCAAGCAUGUAUCUUUGAAACCAUUCAUGCUUUUUGCUCAUCUCAGAGAAGUUCUAGCACUAAUUUAUACCAUCAA